AUGGAACCCAACAGUUCAAUCAAUCAAAUCAAUAAUCACAUCGACGAUGAUGGUGAUCAGAACUCAUUUCCAAGCCAUCGUCAUCAGAUCAUCGCCUAUUCAAGAAAGAGAAAACACUCUCAAUCUCAGGUAAUCACACCAAUCGAUUCAACACAAGUAAACCCUCUUUCCGAAUCAUCAGUUCUAGGGCUUGUUCUCCUUGCUCAUACGUUCUCAUACGAUAUUCAAAACCUCACUGAGUCUCUCCUUCUCGAACUCCUCGCUAGAUUUCCCCUGAAAUCAAUUUUUAGGUUCAAAUGUGUUUGCAAACACUGGCUAGACCUAGUUUCUCAGCCUUCAUUGGCCCGUUUCUAUUGCUCGCGUAUGCUCACAGCCAGUGCAUCGUCAUCAUCCUUACCUUUCAAAAUGUUGUAUAGGUACAUUUAUGUGUCGAAAUUCACAGACGUUCUUGACGGAUUCCAUCCCAAGACAUACAAUUCCUCAAAAUUCUCGGUCCUUUGCUCUUUCAAAAAAAAUACGCUGAAUAUUAAACCCCUAGAUUUUGGGAACUCGCAGAAAAUGAAGGAGAUGAGCUAUGCACUCCAAGUGUUCGAAGAAAUGCUUAAAAGAAGAAUCUGA